UACGCCGGACAUGACCUGUCCUCUCUCAAGAUCAUGACCGACGGCGGCGCAAUCUACAAAGAUACCGCUCGUGGCAAUGCAACCAGACCAGCCGAGGACAUCCUUGGAGAUGGAGGAAUGAACACUGUCCGUUUGAGACUGUGGGUCAAUCCGGUUGUGCCAUACGAUGGCGGGUACUACGAAUCGUACGACUUGCAGAACGUCAAAGCCGCCGCAAAGCAGUACCACGACAAAGGCUUCAAAAUCUACCUCGACUUCCAUUUCAGCGACUAUUGGGCCGAUCCGGGCAAGCAAGCAAUACCCGCAGCCUGGCCUCAAGAAGUUGGUCCACUGGCCGACACUCUACGGGACUACGUUUCGUCCACGCUCGAAGCGUUCCACAACGACGGUGUCGAUCUCGCCAUCGUCAGUCUUGGAAACGAGCUCGAGCACGGAAUGCUCUGGCCGACAGGCUUCGUCAACAUCACCGCCGAACCGAUCGACUUCACGAACCUGUCGGUCCUCUACAAAGCUGCCAGAGAGGGAGUCAACGAUGCUUGCGCAGCGGGAGUGCCAGAACCAAGCGUGAUGAUACAUCUACCGAACGGCUGGGACGACGAGCUCCAGCUGACCUGGUACGACCACUUGACUGCCAGUGGUGUCGUGCAGCCCUCCGACUGGGACUUGUUCGGUGUCUCGAUGUACGACUUUUACGGAGGAAACGCCACUCUCCUCAACUUGGAGACGACCUUGAAUGCGAUGGCCUUGAAAUACCACAAGCCGAUCCUCGUGGUGGAGACGGACUGGGCGGAGGAGUGCUCCAUACCUGUCGUGCCCGAGCUGAUGGCUGACACUGGCAUCUCUUUCUCGGCUCAAGGUCAGCUUGACUGGGUGGGAGCAAUUGUGAAGAUUGUCAAGGAGCUUCCUUACGGCCUUGGACAAGGCAUCUUCUACUGGGAGCCGGCGUGGCUGAACAGCACGAGUUUGGGAGGCCCGUGUCAAGAUCUGAUAUUGUUC